AUGAUGAAAAAUCGUAGCCGCGAUCCUCGCUCCGUCGUGCCAAGCACGCCGACGUUGUCGAUGCGGCCAAUCGGACGAGCUCCUAUGGCUAAGCCUGAACCGGACUACGAAGUCGUCGAAUUUCCCACCGAACAGUAUGUCAACGCUAAGUUACAACCACCACCCCCUCCGCCGCCGAGACCACCAACAGGUCACCCACUGGAGGCGGGAUCGUCUUGCGGGCUGUGCGGAGGCGGUAACGCUCGCGUACGUUGUACCGAAUGCGGUCGACGAGCUCUGUGUGCCUCCUGCGACGAUAUGUAUCAUAGACAUCCCAAGCGACGAAACCAUCAGAGACAGGCUCUCUCACAAUCACAACUUCGAGAUGAACGCCCUCCAUUGCCGCCAAAAACAGCCCCUCCAGUACCACCUCCACGAAGGCAUAAAGUAAGCAGUGACAGAUCUAACCCAAGCCCGCUUCCACCAGCGAUAGCACCAGACCAACGUCGAGCGACUCUUUCUCUCUCAAUGGGUGCAAAUAAACAUAUGUCACCAAUAACGAACACCAAUCACUUUGCGACGCAAAGACAAUUUCAUAAUCCACAACAAAAAGUUCCACCAAUGGGAACGCACAUGGGCAGCAUGCCUUAUAUACCAGGAAAUAUGCAUCAUACAAAUACACCAAUCAUGGCCCAGGAACAAAAUCACACUUUGGCACAUUUUGCAACUUCAGGCCGACCUCGCGGUUCGCUACCAGGAUUCAACAUACCACCGAAUAUGAUUCAAUCUCCCCAAAUGACCUCUUGGGAACCUCAGGAAAAUAUGACUAAUAAUUGGGGAAGACCUCUACGGCGUGGUACAUCUGUCAUGGAAUUAGGAGGAGUUGUACCAGCAUCCUCUGGGUGUUCUGGAUGUUCGAAUUGUGCUACCAACCCUUGGCGUUAUGGCAGCUGUGCUAAUCUAGAACAUUCGUGGGGUCAAGUUCCCUGGCCUCAAACUUGUUGUGGUCCACAUCCGCCACCGCAUAACCCUCACUUACAUCACCAUCCCCAACCAAUACAUACUCCACAGCCGUACCGAAGGGCUGAAAGUCGUCCAAUGUCUCGAGCAGCGUCGAGAACGGGAUCUCGUGCUGCAUCACCAGCAUGCAGCAUUAGGUCACGUGUUUCGAGGAGAUCCAAACAUAGGUCUCCCUCCCCAGUUGUUCUACCUUCAAGUGACGCUGAUUCUGAAAGCGAAAACGAAAGUGAUUCUGAACGCCAAAAUGGAGAAAAAGAGGACCAAAACUCGUUAGGACCUGCGCCGCCACCCGCUAGCGCUACUUGGCAAUGUGAACAUUGUACUUUUGUUAACGAACCUGGGGUAACAGUAUGUUCGGUUUGCUGCCGAACGCCAACAGUUAAGCCGAAAAUUAUUGACACAGACAUCGUUAACAACGGAUUAGCUAAGCUAAAAAUCGAGAAAACACGUCAAUCUCCGAUGAAAAAUGUGGUUGUUGAAUCUUCUACUAAAAAGGAAAGCAAAGGUAAUAAAUCCAGAUAUUUGACUGAGAAAUCAUCCACUGCUUGUGGACCUUCACCUCCUCGAGAUGAUAAGGCAAUAGUGAAUUUUACUACUAGACUCGCUACACCAACGAGGGAUAAUAGCAACGAACGCUCGAAGCCAACACGUAUCCGUCACGAUAUAGCAGUCGGACCUUCUCCUCCUAAAGAAAUCAAUAAACAGCCGAUAACUAGAUCAACCCAAAACUCUAACCAAAGUAUACGAAACAGUCCCGUAGACACCCGAAAUCAGCGACAUGAUAAACAAACAACAGACAGUAAAUCAUCUCAUAGUGUUUCGGUGGGUCCAUCACCACCACGAGAAAUUUCACCAGCUGUCUCAAGUUACCAAAAAAAGUCCGAUGGAAAUUUUAAAGGCAACGAUAGUAGACCAGUAUCAAGAUCCAGUAGAACUUCGACGGGCACUUCACCACCUCCGCAAAAUAUUUCAACACAAACCUACGAAGUUCCCACUAACUGGGAACGUGAGCCAUCAAUUACGAGAUCCCGUCCAAGACGACGUUUCCGAGAAGACGCACAGAGAGAGCGAUCGCACAGUAGAUUGUCUUUAUCAAGUGAUACUCGAGAAAGCGAACGAAGCGUGCGAACUAGUGGAGGAAGAUGGGAGUGGCGUGAACCUCGUGAUAGCAGUCCAGGAGGAGAUUGGAGUGAGAGUGAAAGAAGACAUGACAAGAAACGUCUUACUAGACGAGCAUCUCACCUCGACCUAAGACGAGGAAAACCGUCUCGACGCUCCAGCAUCUACGGUUCAGAGGUACCUUCUCCCGAUCUAAUUUCGAACAACCGGGCUAUAUCUCUGGAAGCUCUUGCUGGGUCUGGAAUGCAACGGGAGGCUGAGAGAGGUUUAGAACUAGCUCGUUUGAUGAGUGAUGCCGAAAAACUUGGAUUCAGUGCGGCUGAAGUACACGCAGCUUUAGCACAAAAUCCAGUGGCACCCCUUGGGUGGUUGCAAGAACGGUGGCCGAGUCUAUGCGCAGGCGUCCAAGCUGCAGCAGCAAGACUUGCUCCAGGAGUAAAUGUGACUGAACUUGAAGCACGAGCUUCUCUUGCCAAACACAGAGGUGCUAUGUGGCCUGCUGUGAAUGACUGCGUGGAAAGAUAUCGUCGUCAGACAAACACCACAAAUUUUGGCGAAGAACGUAGAUUACGAGGUCAUGUUUGGGGACCACCAACGGGUGUAGACGAUGACGCAGUUCCUCCGCCUUCUUUAUCUGGCCGCUUACACCGCAAUCGCGCCGAUGACAGUUCAGAUGAGUUUGAAGCAACUGUAAACCAAUUUCAAGAUGAUGACUGGAUGUACUUACCACUACAAACUAAUACCGAAAACUCAUAUGUACUUGAUCAAUCGAAGACCAAAGAGCACACAAAUGCAACCAAUGAUAUUGCAGAGAAAUUAAAGUCCCUUCUGAAACAAGCAGGAUUACCUUUCAUUGACGAAAAAUUACUUCUAAACGGUUUAUUGGCUGAAAAUUCGACUAAGACUACGGAUACCGAUAAAGUCCAAGAACAAGAUAAUAUAACAAAUCAAAGUGCUUCCAUUCCAAUAGAAAGUAAUAGUAAUUCACCAUCACUACAAAAAUCUCAUUUAUCAGAUUUUAUACAGUCCGAAAAUGAUUUUAUCGACGCUUAUAACGCUUUAACUAGAUUAAGUCCGUUGCCAAAUCUACAAAAUGAUACAAAAUCUUCAAAUAUCCAGGAAGAAAAAAGAAUUAACAAUUUGAAACAAAAAGAUGUUAUAUCAAAUGAGGAGAUAGUUGAUUCUAAACCCAGAAUUGAUAACGUUUCAUCAAAUUCUGAUAAUCAUCGUCUAAAUCAAAAUAAACACAUUAAACAGGACUAUCCGCAAAUUGAAAAUGAAAACCAAGAAUUAAAUGAAAACGACGGUAAAUCAAAUAAUCUUAAUGACAUCGUAGAUAAUACUCAAAAAUUAAUUCAACAAAUGAAAAACGAAAUUAACUUAGACAUUAAUUCAAUAGAAAACCACAGUGAUAACCAAAGCGAAUCUAGUAAGAGUUCUGAUGAGUUAACUAAUGAUGAACUCACUUCUGAUAAAGAAUCAAGUUAUAGUGGCAGUGAAGGUGAGUCAGACGACCUCUCAUCGGAUGAAAAACAAUCAUUUAAUAGUAAUAAGGGUAAUUCAAGUGAAAAAUCACAUCAUAGCAUUUCACCGCAUAGGACCAGCUCUGAAGAAAAUGAACAUUUUGAAGAAGCUAUGGACCAUGUAGAAAAUGAAAUAGAUAAUUUUAAACAAAUAAAUAUUGAAAUGUUAAAUUCUAUUGCUAGAACAUUACAAGAAGAACAAACUGUUUCUGUUGCAGUAAAGGACCCUAAGGUAUAUAACAAAAGAGACCAAGAUGUUAAUAAUAAUCUAUUUUCAGCAGUUAAUACUUUCGAAGAAAUCUAUGCUCAACUUAAUAAUAAUAUUCAAGGAAGUGGGAAAGAAAAUCAAACAAACACAGUAGAUUCUGCUUACCCCACUCCGUUAGUAGAAAAACAAAAACCUAAUACUCAAAUUAAAUCUGAAAUUUUGGAUUUGUCGACUACCGUUUCAAGAGAAAUUCCAAAAUAUAUUACUUACGUAGAAAAAGAAAUAGAAUUUUCGAAUUUUGUCCCUCAACUGCCAUUUAAAUUAGAGAUUACGGAAAAUAAAUAUGAACCCCAAAAUGCACUUCUAGAAGACAUACCAGUAGUCUUGGAAGAUAAGCCAGACAAUCGUGAAGAAAUAUUCGAACAAAAUAAUACACUUUCGAAUGAAAACACACCUACAGAACCACAAAACUAUUCAGAAUCUAUAGAAGAUGACGAAAGGAUUAAAAAUAAAAAUUUACACGCUGACGUUACCGUCACAGAAGUAAUUUCUACAAUUGGUCAUGAAGAGACCACAAGUGAAAUCAAUAAUUCCAGGAAAGAUGAAGGUGUACAAUAUACAAACGAAACACCUGGUAUGACUCUUAGCAGAAAUAGUGUAGGAGACAUCGUACCUCAACCUGAAAUACAAUCUAUACCAAUCAAAGUCGACAAUAAUAAUUCAGAAUUCACAAAUAAAGAAGUUACGGCCUCCGCUGAUAAUGAAAAAACAAAGAAAUCUCAAUUAAAUAAUAAAUCAAACAUUCCCAAACUUAUCAAAACAAUACAAACAGGUAAACAGAAAACAGACAAAAAUUUUCCAAAGGUUAUUGCAUCCAAAGUUCCUGUCAGAAGAGGUAGCCUUAAGCACUACCCUGCACCAAAUCCUCCCAAAAGUCACUUCGGAAAUGUGUUAAGUGGUCAUGUUAGGCAACUACAAUCACGGCUCUUUAGCAACAAAACAAAGGCGAAUGCAGCUAAACCUGUUGAAGAACCAUCUACAUCUACGGCAUCUAUUAAAAAGAAACCAGCACCACCACCGCCGCCUAACAAUCCAUUACCUGAUACUACGAACAGUGGUACGAAAAAGAACACAUUUUUCCGUGAAACCUGUCGAACAGAGGAUGAAUGGACUGAUAGCGAUGCCGAAGAACCCACCAAAGUUAUAAAUUCUGCAGAAACAGAGGUUGAUGUAGUAUCAACACCGGUAACACAAGUGCAGCCUUUUACAAUACGACAAGUUUCUGGACAACUGAUAGACUUAACUCAAGUCAGAUUACCCGAAGGCUCGCCUGAGAGACAAGCCAGAAUGCUUUUAGCAGAAGGCGCAACAGAAACGUGGGAACAAGCUCAGCUUGCAGUAAAACUUGUGUUACAAGGUACUGAGACUUCAUCUGCCCUAUUGGCCGCUUUAGAAUGUACUGAUUUACCUUCGGCUCUAGCUUACCUCAACCAAGACUGUGAACUUUGUGCCUCAAAGUAUCCUGAACAUGAGAUGGUUUCAAUGUUAAGAUGCACCCAUCGAUGCUGUAGAGAAUGUGCUCGGUAUUAUUUUAUGACACAAAUAACAGAAAGAAGUAUAGCAGACUGUGUGUGCCCUUUUUGCAAGGAACCAGAACUAGAGAACCUCCCAGAAGAUGCGUGGCUGGAUUAUUUUGCUAAUAUGGACAUACUGCUCAAGACUCUACUAGAAACAGAAACCCACGAACUAUUUCAAAGAAAACUGCGAGACAGAACGCUGGCUAGAGAUCCUAAUUUCAGAUGGUGUAUAGAAUGUUCUUCGGGAUUCUUCGUUCAUCCAAAACAGAAAAGAUUAAAAUGUCCUGAGUGUAAAUCUAUUACCUGCGCUAGUUGUAGAAAACCGUGGAACUCUAAUCAUGAAGGAAUCACAUGCGAACAAUACGCAGCCUGGUUGGAAGAUAAUGAUCCAGAAAGAUCGAUGGCUGCAGUACAACAACACCUCCGUGAAAACGGACUGGAGUGUCCAAGAUGCCAUUUUAAAUAUUCUUUAUCAAGAGGCGGCUGCAUGCAUUUUACGUGCACACAAUGUAAAUAUGAAUUCUGUUACGGGUGCGGGAAACCUUUCACCAUGGGCGCACGGUGUGGACUAAGUGAAUAUUGUGCAAAAUUAGGACUUCAUGCUCACCAUCCGCGAAAUUGUCUUUUCUAUCUUCGAGAUAAGGAACCACAUGAGUUACAAACACUCUUGCAGAUGAACAAUGUCACAUACGAAACGGAAGCAUCAGAAAACAAUACUGGACGUUGCCCCAUCCAGCUGCAACGUGAAACACCGGGUGGUUUAGUGGACACUGUUUGCGGCAGUGAAGUAAAAGCCAAAAAUGCUGGACUGUGCAAGACGCACUACGUGGAGUACUUGGCCGGUCUGGCGCGUGCUCUUGACCCGAUUCCUAUCAUGGACGUCAGCGAGCUGGUGGCGGAGUUGCGCCGCCGGGCCUUACCCUUACCUGAACGUGGGCCGUGGGAUACAGAUCCUAUAUAUGCCGGAAUGUGUGCAGAGAUCGUCAGGGAGAAGAUACCGCUUGAUUGA